ACAUCGAUAAGUGUGUAUAUCGAUAAGUUGGCAUCAGUACGUGUCACACUUGUUGUUUUUAUUUGUAUAUUUAAUUAUUAAAUUUGUUUGCUGUGCCAAAUUAUCGCAAUGGUCGACGAUAGUACGAGAAAAACACUGAGCAGUAUUCCAUUGCUGCAAAUACGUGCUGGGCCACGUGAGAAAGACAUUUGGGUGCAGAGACUGAAGGAGGAAUAUCAGGCACUUAUAAAGUAUGUGGAAAACAAUAAGCAAUCUGGCAGCGAUUGGUUUCGUCUCGAGUCGAACAAGGAGGGCACCAAAUGGUUCGGCAAAUGCUGGUACAUGCACAAUCUGCUCAAAUACGAGUUCGACGUGGAAUUCGACAUUCCCGUAACAUAUCCGACAACAGCGCCAGAGAUUGCCCUGCCGGAACUGGAUGGCAAAACGGCGAAAAUGUAUCGGGGUGGCAAAAUCUGUUUAACGGAUCACUUUAAGCCACUGUGGGCACGCAAUGUGCCCAAGUUUGGCAUUGCGCAUGCCAUGGCAUUGGGUCUGGCGCCCUGGCUGGCCGUGGAGGUACCUGAUCUCAUCGAGAAGGGCGUCAUCGCGUACAAGGACAACUGCUGAGGCUGCGGAUUUAGUUAAUUUAGACAACGAUUUGAACAAAUGGCAACUGUUUCUCUGGUCUCCAUACUAAGAACAUUUCAUUGUUCAGUAUUUUUUUGUAAUUGCUACUUCACAAUUGUUUGAUUUUUUAUUCUUUUUUUAGUAAAAUGCAAAACUUUCAA